UCUCGUUAAAAGGAGAGACUGACGCUCCUAUUCCCGCGACAUCAUCAUCCCACACUAGUGGAGCUCCACGGUGUGCGAUGUGAUGAUGCUCAGUCCUGCACAGUAGCAGCUACAGGAGGCGUGCUUGUCCCUGCCACAGGAGCACAGGAGGAGGACUGGAGCAGAGGCCAGCAGCCGUUUACCGGGCACUUAACACAUUGUAAAACAGAGCGCUUUUUGGGGGGUGCUCUGUCCACCCACUCUUCCGAGCAAUGGCAUCCACGGAUCUAGCAAAGGGAGCGCGUUGAAGCUCUGAGUGAUGCAGUCUCUGUUCGGUGGAGGGGAGCUAGGGCUGCUGGGAGGAGGCGGCGACGCAGGGGGCCUGAAAGAGGAUGGCUGUGGCAGUGUGGCGUGGCACUCCUCCACCCUGCCCCCCGACGAUGUCUACUCAGCCUCCCACUUUGCCCUUAUCACCGCCUAUCAGGACAUCAAGACGAGGCUGGGCUGCCUGGAGCGGGAGAACAGCAGUAUCAAGAGGAAGCUCAAGAUCUAUGAGAUCAAGUUCCCUAUGAUCAGCGAGUUUGGGGAGAACACUAACUCCUACUGCUCCUUUGAGAGCAAGGAGACGGCGCUUCUGCACUCAGAAAAUGGCAACCUGCAGCAGAGAGUCAACGUCCUGACCCAUGAGCUCCAGAAGAGAAAGGAGAGAGAGGAGCAGCUGGAGGAUGUAAUCCAGGCCUACGAGAAGAUUCACAUGGAGAAGAACAACCUCCAGAGGGAUCUCGACAAGAUGACUAACCUGGUGGAGAAGCAUGUUGAGCGUAUCCUGGGCCUGGAGUCGGCUCUGAGGCAGAGGGACAACUCCCUGCAGAAACUCAACAUGCAGCUGCACAGCAAAGACAUGCAGUACCUGCAGCUGCACGCUGGCCCAGACACACACAUGCUGGAUUGUCCAGCCUUGACCCUUCAGAGCUCCCGCAGCCUGGACACCCUGUCCGACCUGAAGCUGCAGCGUCUGGAGGCGGAGCUUGAGGGGGCACGGCACGAAGCCCAGGGGGCGUGUCAGAGAGAAGAAGAGCUGAAAGGGGAGUGUGAGAGACUGAAGGAGGACAUGAGGAUGCUGCAGAACAGCCAGAGGGACAGGGAAAUGACUUCUCCGUGCAAGCAGUGUGAUGUGGAGUGGAUAAAGAAGGUGGGAGAUGAGCAGGUGAAUUUGGCUCUGGCCUACACAGAGUUAACAGAGGAGCUGGGACGCCUCCAAGCACUGAGCUCCAAGCAGACGGAGAUCCUGAGGAAAGCCUCGCAGGAGCAGGCUAGUCCAGUCCAGCGUCACUCUCCCAUCCACCACCAGCGCCACUCUCCAGUCUCUCAGCGCCACUCACCUAUCUCACAGCGCCAUUCUCCAGUCCCACCUCUGCCACACCACUCCCCAAUCCAACAGAGACGCUCCCCGGUGCUGCAGCGCCUCUCCCCAGACAUGCACCGCCGCUCACCCCUGCUGGACGUCAAUAACGGACCGGCCUCUUACUCCUGCCGCCCACCCAGUCACCACCUGAGGGCUAGCUUCCAGGGCCGUCGCAGUUACUCUGAGGUUGCCGACCCCUCCGCUUACCAGUGCCCAACCCGCUUCUCACUGGACCCUGUCUCCACCCUGCCUAAGCCCCGGCCCUACAUUGAGGGCUACCCAAAACAGCAGUCCCAACAUGUGGGCUCACCUCAUGGUGGACUGCAGCACAGAGGAUCCCCAUCCCCCCAUCAAGGUGGUGCAGGAGGGGAUGGGGGUCUCGGAGAGAGCUCAAUGCGCCACUCAAGAGAGAUGCCAUUCCCACUGUCUGAGGUAGCCCACCUCCAUUAUGAGCCCCCUCCUCCAUCCACACCAGCCCCUCAACCCCCACAGUCAUCUGAAGACGAGGAAGAAUGGACCUGCCCGCAUCCCAUCAGCCCACCUCGGACACUGGGCGUGCUCUCUUCUGCAGUGCCCAGUGGCGUCAUGAGAGGCCCAGCAUCCUGCUCAGCCUUUCCCAUCCCUCAGAGGCCUAACACCCUCAGCUGCCACCCGCAGCCCGGGUACAUGUCAGCAGAGCAUGCUCAGUCCUGGCCUUCCAUCAAUCUCUGGAUGGAGACCGAGGAGAGUGACAUGCGGAGCUGCCCUCUCUGCCAGCUGAUAUUCCCUGUCGGUUACCCUGAUGAUGCCCUCAUCAAGCACAUUGACUCCCACCUGGAGAACAGCAAGAUCUGAUUGCCAUGGCAACCAGCCCUGCACACAUCUGCGCUCUCCUCUUAUAGAUUAUGUAAGAGACUGGCAGACGCAGCCAAAGGGAAAGUCAAACGUAGAAUCACAGGCGAUCCAUGAACAAGUCAGCUAUGUGUGAUAAGCUAUAGAUAGGGAUGCAAAAUGGGCGCAGUGGCCUGUUAUAUUUGGGAAGUAUUUAAACAUGGGUCUGUCUUGGACUUGUCCAUAUGCAGAGCCCUUUACAGAUCGCCCUUAAGACAGCUCUGCCUGUAUAAUCCCUGACUCUGGUUGCUGCUGUUUUUGUUAUGAGUCUUGUUGUGUGGUUUCAGACAGUUUCAGGUGUUGUGUCGUUGUUCGCUUCACAGUGUAGUACACUUUGAUUUAGCAAAGUAAGCCAAAGACGAGGUAUGAGAGGCAGGCUGAAAGGUUCAGGCGCUCUGCAUGUAAAAAAGUUAGUUUCAGUGUUUAUCGGUAAAUGAUCAGGGAGAUCUGAGGCGUCUUUUAUAAAAACAGACCACUCUCACCACUUAGCUUUAAAUAUUGUACACCUGCUUGGAUUUUCUAUCUCACACACAUACUACAGUAUAUUUUCGCAGAGGAUUCUGUGCAGUAAGUGCCAAGGACAGUUAUUUGGUAGAAGAUGGCUUAUUGAAAUGACAGAUAUACAAAGUCAUAUGGGACGGUGAUUAGUCAUAAGUAGGGAUUUUAAGAUUUUGAUGCUGAGGUAAGAGAGAAUGACACUGUGAAGGAAUUCUGACUGAUAGUCAGUCGAUCAGUGUUUGAUGCCAGUUUGCUUUCACUUCCCUAAAAUGAGGAAGUGUGUUUCCAAGGCAGUUAAGAAAGUAUAAAACAUUCCAGUCUCACAUUUCAUCUACUGACAAACCAACUGACAAGCUGGGGAAUAUGAAUGUGAAAGUAUGUUUGGAUAACCUGAAGACGGUUUUACCCAAAUAGAGUUAUGAAGAUGCCCUGCAGGGCAGGGCACUGAUGUUUUUGAGUCUUCUCUACAAUUGGAGGGACAUUUUUUGUCAGAAUAUACCUUUUAUGCUUGCGGCCUGUUAAAAAAAAAUCUGAGUAUCUUAGCACUUUAGCCUAUACAAUGUAUUUGUUUUCAGUCCCCAUAUAUAUUUUCCAUGUAUAAUUUACUAUUUAUAUUGUCAAUCUGUAAGGCAAAAAAAUAUGAAGAUAUAUUUUUGCAAAUGUUAAUGCACCACGUCUCAUGUUGGUGUUUCUCCCAUGUGCUUGCACACUGCUGUAUAUAGAGGAGUUGAAGAUCAAAAUCCCUGGGGAUGGGAUACUUUUCUGUACAAAGACUUUAAAUUAUCGACGGGGAUUCUCAUCGGUCUUCCUAAAGAUCUGACCUUCAAAACAGUUUGAUGUCACGACUGCCCAGACCACCCAACAAAAAACAGAAAGAACACACGGCUGCAUGAGAUCAAGACCUCUGACCUGUCUUGAGGAAAAAGUGGCAGGCUUUUUAGUGUACUGUAUUUUUAUCUCGGAGAUCUGAUACCAGAAACAUCAUCUCCAAUCAGCAAAGUUAUCUCUGCAGGGUUUCAGCAAUGACAAUACUCUUCUUUUGAUACAUGGGUUUCAUUUUUAUCAUGAGUGGAAUCUAAACUCGAGAUCUGCUGUGGGACUUUCUUUUUGAAAAAAAAGUAAAAAAACAAAGUUACACUGAUGUCAGCUUAUCUGAAGCUUUACGUUACAUGUGCAGUUUCUAAUGUAGGGGAUGUCCCUACACACCCACUCAUGCAUUUAAACUGGUUUGAAAUUACUGAAGAAGUGAAAUGCCGUAGAUUAGAGCACAUAGGACAGUGAUUAAGGCAGCAGAGUGAUGUAGGACAUAGGUCUUUAUGUUCUUGGGUUGAGCAAUAUCGACCCACCUGAAGUAUUCUUUUGCAACACACUGAAUCCCUACAAGCUCUGCACACCUUUCUCCAUUAAAGGAAAACUGGUUUAUUAUCACUGGGACCUUAUUUUAGUAGAUUUGGACACUGGUUCAACUAGUUAUGAUUGUACUCACCUAGUUAAUUGCUGAGAUCUGGGAAAGCGGCAGCAUUGCACACCAGACACCAUUUUAUUCAAUAAAAUGUUAUUGAAGAAUAAGGAAGGAAAAAAAAUCUCUCAAAGCAGUUAUUAAGCUUGAUAGCUCAUUAGCUUAGCUCUGACACUAACAAGACAAUAGGUUAACACAGUUUGGUUAAAAGAUGUAUUUAUACUGUCGGCUUCUGUCUGCAAACCACUUCCCUUUUGUAAAGCAGUUUUUACACCUCCAUUUUGGGUUUUCUGGCUUUCCAUUAACAAGAGGCAGAGGCAGUACUUUACACAGCAGAGGCCACAUUUUUAAGUAAUGAACCUAAAUCACACAAGACGAGAUAUCCAACGAAGGUUGAGGUCAAGGGCAACUGGACUUGGUCGUUUCAUCCCUCAUCCAAGAGACUUCUUCAGUUCUGAACUGAAGAAGAACUCAAGAAGUCUCUUGGAUGAGGGACGAAACGUCUUCUAGUAUCUUCAACCAAGUCCAGAUGCCCUUGACCUCAACUUUCAUUUGAAAACCUGGAUGACUGAGAACCUUCACAGACACAAGACAAGAUGCCUCGGGAUUUGUUUGAUUCAGCUCAGCAGGUGACGUUGAUUGAUUGAUCCAACCAUACUUUCGCGUUGCAGCAAUUAAUCAGUAAAGCAUGUUACAAUGUCGGGAAUAAAAAAAUUUGUACAAAAUGGAAAAGUUAAAGCAAAGGGCUUAGUCACAGUCAUGAUGGGGUAUGAGAGCAAAACAUUAUCCACUGCACUGCUGGUCAGGCACAAGGCUGAAAUUAAGAGCUGUCUGUAAGAGCUUUGCCUCAUACUGUCGCUGAAAAGGGUUUUUCUUUUCUUUGAGGGGGCGGCAGCACCUACGACCUCUGCUAACCAGUUCCUGGGGGAAUCCCUCGAAACUAUUCAGAAUUCCACAAGAAAAGGGUGACAUUCAAAAGUACUUUGAAAAAUAUUCAUACUACUUCAACAGAAUUUAGAUUUUCUAAUAUCUAAUACCCCAUUAAUCAUAUUCAAACAAUUAACUUGGUGAAUACAAUGUUAUUGUAAGUGAUAGAACCGAGUUGAAAUGAACUGGAACUAUCCUUUAAAGAAAUGCGUCCUGAGGUGUACAAUAAAAAUUUCAAUGUAGUACGGAGAUACUUGACCAUUAAAACGAAGAGGGCUUCAA